AUGUCGGCGCUCCCAUGCGCUCCCGCAUACGGUAAUUCAUCGACAUCCAUGCACAAUCCAAGCAUACCGCGAGCCUCACCCUCAAGUCCGCAAAACAACAGCAUUCAGCGAGCUCCAGUACCGGACAAUACCAGCGUAUCGUACAACACGCUGUGUUCCCUUGCCAUCAGCGACUUGGAACGAUGGCUUGCAGAGCAGAAGGCGACCACCCUCGACGAUCCCUCUGGCAAUUCGGACAUCGAUUCAGCGGACCAUCCGUCCCGCAAGUCUUCCGAUUCCAAGCAAGCCAAGCGUGAGCCCAGCUGGUAUCACAAGAAACGCUUCGGUUACGUUGACGACGAUUUGCACCUAUUUCACGCGUCUAAGCUCUACUCCAAAUACAUGAGGAAGAGGUUGAGAGAAGGAUUUCGCACGAACCCGUAUGGUCUGAAUGCCAGAUACUUUGUCGUUCUGUGGCUUUUCCUAGUCGUGUCAGCGAUCGGGACCCUUGUUGCAACGAGAUGGGAUCCACAUGAUGAUCUUAUCGAGGGCAGAAGGCGGAAGCGCGUUAUCUAUGCCAAUCUGUUCAAAGGUCUGUUCGCCACACUGCCGUUGUUGACCACUGCGACGGUGUUCAUGUUUCCACCACUAUACAUGCCUUACUGA